GUCACUGACACCAUUAAAGCGGUGCCAGCCAAUCUCCAUCUAUCUGUUGCUUCAGUGUCGGUUCUUGAUUGGUUUGUAGUCUCUCUCUCUCUAUCUUUCCAAAAACAAUUUUCCUUUUCAUCUUUCUCUCUUCUGCAAAGAGAACUGCUCUUGAAAAUGGAGUUGGUUCCAUAUUCAAGUGAACCAAAACAAAAAACAAGCUCCACGACACUUCCAUGGCAAGACAUGUUCCGAUCUGCAUCUACAAGGAAGCCUUCCCCGGCACCAGGCCACGAGGACGCGCCCCCAAAUCAAUCCCACGCGCCACCCCAGGGGCAAAACCCCAGCGACCCAGAUCACAGGAGCAGCUUCUCCGGUGAUACCCAGGUACGGUUGGCUCUUUACAUAGCCAUGGCUCAUGCCGGCCUCGCCUUCACCAUAUUCAUUCUGUAUGCGAUUUGCAAGCUCUUGCAAGAGUAUCUCAGGCCAAUCCAGUGGGCAAUCUUGUGUUCGAUUCCAUUGAGAGGCAUACAAGAGACCCUUGUCAGAUUUUGGAGCGAACCGUUGAGACUCGGACUCACUGAAACUGUUCUUGCUGUCCCUGUUGCAGUCUUCAAAGCUUUUAUAGGUACACUCGUUGAUAUUAAGGAUGUUUGUUUGAGGAUGUUUCUUAAAAGACCAAAAUCCAAUCUUUCUAGGCGAACUAGAAGUGGAUUCCCAAUGUUAGUUAGGUGGUUAGUUGCUUUUGCCGUGUUUGUGAUUGCCUAUGAAAAAAUUGGCGGCGUUGGUUCAUUGGGGAUAAUUUUGUUUGGUUUUUUGAUUAGUACUAAGAACAUAGAUUACACAAUGUCUGCUGUUUCGUCGUUUAGGAGUAGCAGUUUCAGGAGAAGUGCAAUUAGUGCUUAUUUCACCCGUGGGAUAUUGAAAAGGUUGGAUACCAUCGUUGCUAUCGGACUUAUAAUCAGUAUGAUCUCGGGGUUUAUUGCCGGACCGAUGUUUUUCUCGUAUAAGAUCGGUGUAGAGGGGAAAGAUGCCGUGAUUUCGGUGAAGGCUCAUGUGGAAGAGAGUAACUAUGCUGAGAGGAUGGGUGUUAAGCAAUGGAUGGAAGAGAAUGAUGUCCCCGGAAUGGUGGAUAAGUACACUACACGGUUCUAUCAAACUGUUUCUGAGCAGAUGGAUAGUUUGGCAAUGCAGUAUAAUUUGACCGAGUUCGUCACCGGAAUUAAGCAUUUCGUUAUAACUUCGACCGCUAGUCCAUCGAUGCAGUCGACGACCUUGAUUGCCCCGUCUCCUUAUACGGAGAAGCUUUUGAGUUUGAAGAAGAGGGUUAGAGAUCGUGAAUGGGGACUGAUUUACACCGAAGUUGAUGCGAUUUUCAGGGAAUUGAUUAUCACUCGGGAGGAUUUGGUGGAGAAGGCUAAAGGGUUCGCGGUUAAAGGGGUCGAUGUAUCGCAACGGGUGUUAGCUAGCAGUGCGUCGGUUUUAGGCGGAGGCACGAAGAUCAUGUUCACCAUCGGCAAUUCCAUCAUCUAUGGUGCUGCUGAGGUCUUCAACUUUGUGUCUCAGUUGAUGGUGUUCUUUUGGGUACUAUAUUACCUUAUCACAUCAGAAUCCGGUGGUGUAACAGAGCAAGUAAUGUCUAUGAUUCCAAUAUCGAAAUCAGCUAGAAUCAGAUGCGUCGAAGUUCUCGAUGAUGCAAUUUCCGGUGUGCUUUUGGCGACAGCCGAGAUUGCGUUUUUUCAAGGAUGUCUCACAUGGCUUCUAUUUAGACUAUGCAACAUCCAUUUCGUGUACAUGUCGACAGUGCUGGCUUUCUUCAGCCCCUUGUUGCCUAUCUUUCCGCCUUGGUUCGCAACGAUCCCAGCAGCUGUAGAGCUACUGCUGGAAAGUCGCUACAUACUAGCGAUCGCCUUCUCCAUCGUUCACAUUCUACUUAUGGAUUACGGUGCCACCGAUAUUCAAGAGAGUAUACCCGGCUACAGCGCAUAUCUUACUGGGCUUAGCAUCAUCGGAGGGAUGACAUUGUUCUCUUCUGCAGUCGAGGGAGCGAUUAUGGGACCGUUGAUCACGACGGUUGUGAUCGCCUUGAAAGAUCUGUACGCCGAAUUCGUUCUUGGAGAAUCGAAGAAAAAGGACUAGAAGAGGAAGAAGUGAAGAACGCCAUCUCCUUCCACAGGUUUGCUUCCAUUGUAAACAGAGCUUAAUGAUGUAUAUGACAAUGACUUUUCCAAUUUUUUUUAUAAUUAUUUAUAGUAUUAUGACAAUGAUUUAUUCCAA